GUGGCAGUCAUUUUCCAACAGAGCAGGUGAACCUCAUGUUGGCUACUGGGGUGCUGCUUGCUAAACCAACGACGAUUAUUUCAAGCUCCAACAUCCGUAAAAGUGACCGGCUCCUCGGUACUUUUUGAGUCGUCGUCUUGAACCAUCAUUCUUUUUUCUCUUUAAAAAAAAAGCAUUUAUCCAUUCAACACUACGGUGGACAUUUCCAAAGAAGACUUAAAAGAGCUCAUGGCGUUAAUGAUGAAGUGCUGGUUGACUGUGGCUUUGAGCGCUUGUCUCGUGCUGACGGUUCGAGCUGAAUGCGACAGAGAGUGCGCGCUCUGCGUCUAUCGUCUGUUCCGUGAACAGAGAGAAAGCGACACACUGACUUGCACAUUAGAGUGUGAAGGGACUGUGGACUUGAGAAAACUGGAAAUCUGCAAAGACAUCCUUACUGAAGGGGAGCGUCUUGCCAUCAGCAACGUCAAUCAAGAAGACAGCACAGACCAUCUUCUUACCAAGAAAUAUGGGGGCUUCAUGAAGCGUUAUGGGGGCUUCAUGAUUAAGAAGUCUGCAGAAGAAAUUGGCACAGGGGGCCAAUCUGAAAGUGACGCCACAGAGACCAUUAGUAAGAAAUAUGGAGGCUUUAUGAAGAAGGACAGGGCAGAGGGCAGAGCUGAAGACCAACAGGUGGGACUGCUGAGAGAUAUUCUCAAUAUCGGCCUUAGCUCAGAGUCAGAAGACAGACCUUACGAAGAGGUUGCCAAACGCUACGGGGGCUUUAUGAGAAGUGUACAGGGGAACAGCGGUCUAGGAGAGGCAGUAAAAGACCUGCACAAACGGUAUGGCGGGUUUAUGCGCCGAGUGGGCAGGCCUGAUUGGUUGGAUAAUCAGAAAAGCAAUGGGUUUCCGAAACGCACUUGGGAGGACGGAGGCGAGACAGCACUGCCCGACUUGCAGAAGAGAUAUGGGGGAUUCAUGGAUUAGAAUGUGGUACAACAGAUUAAAAAUGGACAUCCAUCCAAAAGAACCUAUUCCUACUUUGUGUAGAGCUUGCACUGUACCAAUUUAAUGUGAUGCUGUUUUAAUUUCUAUUUAUUUUUGUCUUAAUUUUGCUGAAGAAUGUUUAUUCAUAAUGUACAACAUACAUUUGUGUUCUCAGUGACUUGUUUGUGUAAAAAAAUCAUCAUUUACAUUUUUCCUCUGUACUUGCAAUGCAAUCAAACAUCAGAUGAAACAUAUGGAUAAAGAUGCCACAGAGUGUUA